AUAAACAGAAAGAAAAGAAAUCAGAAUCAAAGAAUUCGAGGAGGAUUAGUCUGAGAAAAGACAAUAAUGGGUGUAGAGGCAGUGGCUGCCAUUGGAGGACUAGAGGCACAUAAGAAGAACAGAAUUCAAGUGUCCAACACUAAAAACCCUCUUUUUUUCUAUGUUAAUCUUGCCAAAAGAUACAUUCAGCAGCAUAAUGAGGUUGAGCUUUCUGCCUUGGGCAUGGCAAUCACUACUGUUGUCACCAUUGCUGAGAUCUUGAAGAACAAUGGAUUGGCUAUUGAGAAGAAAGUUUCGACAUCAACGGUCAGCAUGAAAGACAAGAACAAAGGGCGUGUUGGCCUAAAAGCCAAGAUCGAAAUCGUGUUGGGGAAGUCGGACAAGUUUGACUUGCUGAUGAACGCUUCCAAUGUGGCACCGGAGACGAAUUCCAAAAACAAGGAAUGA